UACCAGGCCCAGGCCAUGGUGGACAUCGUCAAGGCCAUGCGCUGGAACUACGUCUCCACCGUGGCGUCAGAGGGCAACUACGGAGAGAGCGGGGUGGAUGCCUUCAUACAGAAGUCUCGAGAGGAUGGAGGUGUGUGCAUCUCUCAGUCGGUCAAGAUUCCCCGGGAGCCGAAACAGGGAGAGUUUGAUAAGGUCAUUCGCAGACUAAGAGAAAACCCAAAUGCAAGGGUGGUCAUUAUUUUCGCCAAUGAGGAUGAUAUCAGGCGGCUACUCCAAGCAGCCAAGAAGGCCAACCAGACUGGCCAUUUCAUCUGGGUGGGCUCAGACAGCUGGGGCUCAAAGAUCUCUCCAGUGUUACACCAGGAGGAGAUGGCAGAGGGAGCAGUCACCAUCCUGCCCAAACGCCAGUCCAUCAGAGGGUUUGAUCGUUACUUCAUCAGCCGCACACUGGAGAACAACAGGAGGAAUAUCUGGUUUGCUGAGUUCUGGGAGAACAACUUCGCCUGCAAGUUGAGCCGACACGCUUUGAAGAAAGGGUCCGGGCUGAAGAAAUGUACAAAUCAGGAGCGGAUAGGGAAGGACUCCAACUAUGAGCAAGAGGGGAAGGUGCAGUUUGUUAUCGAUGCAGUCUAUUCCAUGGCCCAUGCGCUGCACAACAUGCACAGGGAACUCUGUCCGGGGAAGGUGGGCCUUUGCUCCAGGAUGGAUCCCAUCAAUGGCACUCUACUGCUCAAACACAUCCGCAUGCUCAACUUCGCAGGAAUAGCUGGCAACCCAGUGCUCUUCAAUGAGAAUGGAGACGCCCCUGGUCGCUAUGAGAUUUAUCAGUACCAGAUCAGAAACAGAACAGCUGAGUACAAAAUCAUCGGCCACUGGACCGAUCAGCUCUAUUUGAACAUCCGAGCAAUGCACUGGCCAGGUGGAGGUCGUCAGAUCCCUUACUCCAUCUGCAGCCACCCUUGCCAGGCCGGAGAGCGCAAGAAGAUAGUGAAGGGCAUCCCUUGCUGCUGGCACUGCGAGCGCUGCAACGGCUACCAGUACCAGUCAGACACCUACAGCUGCAAGAUGUGUCGCUUUGACCUGCGUCCCAACGAGAACCACACUGCCUGCCGUCCCAUCCCCAUUGUCAAGUUGGAGUGGAGCUCCCCAUGGGCCAUCAUCCCUGUCCUCAUCUCCGUAGCGGGCAUCAUGGCCACUCUGUUCGUGGUGGUCACCUUCAUCCGCUACAACGACACACCCAUUGUCAAGGCGUCAGGCCGCGAGCUCAGCUACGUUCUGCUGACUGGUAUCUUCAUGUGCUAUGCCACCACCUUCCUCAUGAUUUCUGCCCCUGACGUUGGCAUCUGCUCCCUCAGACGGAUCUUCCUGGGUCUGGGGAUGAGUAUCAGCUAUGCAGCCCUGCUCACCAAGACUAACCGCAUCUACCGCAUCUUCGAGCAGGGAUCCAUGUCGGUGAGCGCCCCCAGGUUCAUCUCCCCAGCCUCCCAGCUGGUCAUCACCUUCAGCCUGACGUUGGUGCAGCUACUGGGGGUGUGUAUCUGGUUUGGGGUAGACCCGUCUCAGGCCAUCAUCGACUACGAGGACCAGCGCACGGCCAAUCCGGACAUGGCCCGUGGUGUGCUCAAAUGUGACAUCUCUGACCUUUCACUGAUCUGCCUGCUGGGUUACAGCAUGCUGCUGAUGGUCACCUGCACGGUGUACGCCAUCAAGACCCGGGGGGUGCCGGAGACCUUCAACGAGGCCAAGCCCAUCGGCUUCACCAUGUACACCACCUGCAUAGUCUGGCUGGCCUUCAUUCCCAUCUUCUUUGGCACCUCCCAGUCCACAGAGAAGAUGUACAUCCAGACCACCACGCUGACCAUCUCCGUGAGUCUGAGUGCCUCUGUCUCUCUGGGGAUGCUCUACUUGCCCAAGGUCUACGUGAUCCUCAGGCGCCCGGAGCAGAACGUGCCCAAACGCACACGCAGCCUUAAGGCCAUGGUCACUGCCACCACCAUGUCCAACAAGUUCAACCCCAAGGCCAGCCUACGUCCCAAUGGAGAGGCCAAGACCGAGCUGUCUGAGAGCCUGGAAACACAAGCUUUCGCCACAAAGCAGACAUACAUCAGCUACAGCAACCAUGUCAUCUAGGAGAGGAAGGCCGUCGUCGUUGUUCUGGAUGGUCACCUCAUGGCGGGUGAAAAUAUUCUUAUGCACUGGAAUGAAAUGGGAAAUAGAGGAAGAAAAUGGACAUGAGACAUGAUGUGAGGAUCACUAAAGGAUUUCCCAGGGAAUAGUCAUAAUAAAGGAAAUAGAGAAGACCACACAGAGAUGCAGAGAGGGACCCUCAAGGGCCCAACAGAACAGAUACAGUAUAAUGGUGAUGCUCCAUCUUGUCGGCCAUGACAGACAAGGCCAACACUUCCCCCCUGGCAGAGACCGGAGAGGAUAUGAUGCGGGAUGAGGCUUCUCUCUCUCUCUCUCUCUCUCUCUCUCUCUCUCUCUCUCUCUCUCUCUCUCUCUCUCUCUCUCUCUCUCUCUCUCUCCUUAUCUUAUCUUGAGCCGACCGGACUGACAUGCAAUCCAAUUGAAAGAAUCUGUUCAGGUGUAUGCCAUGCAAGGUUGUAGUCUGCCAGUAUUCUCAACAGUAAGGGACAUUGCUCUCAAUGCUUCAGGAAGUUGCAGAGCCACCAGGAUGAGAGUAAUCAGUCUUUUAUUUCAAGGAGGAUUUUAAGUUACGUAAUUGUUUUUUUGUUGUCUUUUUAAAGGUACUCCAGUUUAAAAAGAAAAUACUGGAUGAAAGAAACCAUUCCAACAAUGCAGGAUAAUUGUACGCCAUCAUUUUGUUGUUUUUGCCUUACCUGUCUUCAUUGAGUUGACCCAAAAAAUUAUAAUGAUGUUGACAAAAAAAUAAUAUGGUCAUUACUGAUUUUGAGCAUGCCAGUUUGAACAUCCUGUGUUGUGUUGUAAAAAAAAUAUUUGGAAUGCGUUCAAACUCUGUUGCAGUGUCAUUUCUAUUAUAUGUAAAUUCCAAACUGGUGAAGGUCUAGUGAGUGAUCUUUGUUUCUUUGUGUGAGGUGAGGCCCUGAUCUGUGUUACCAGCUAACCAAAGGCUAGCACUGUCCUCUGCCCACUUUGCCCACACUUUAAUACUGUAACUCCAGACUAAAACAAAGAGUCUCUCAGUACAAAUAGAGAGGUGUCAUGGUGGACUGAACACAGAGGUGCAGAAUGCCUCAAGAUAAAAACGUAAUAUUACAAAUCUGUAAAUUUGACUAAAUAUUAGCUCUUCACUCCACAUACUGUUCUCAUGGGCAAUAACCUUCAAUCUGGAUAACAACAGAUACAGAAAGAGAAAUGUAUUGAACAAUAUCACCAAUACAAUCAACACCAAAACAUGUCGGAGAGUAAGCAUGGAGUACCAAUCCCCAAAAGAAUAUGAGACUCCUUGAUGGACACAUACGAUUUAUGCUUUUCACCACUGGGAAUGGUAAGUGUAGAAACCGACUUGCUAAAGUCGAUAAACGAUAAACUGGGCACACUUGAACUAGUCAGUAAAGAUAUAAAGCAAUUGAAGGGGAGCUUCGAGAUCAGUGACGAAAAAGCUGCGACAUUGGAGAAAGAAACAAACAAGCUAAAAGGUACGGUCAAUACAAUUGAAACGGACGUUAAAGAACUUAAAAAGGAGAACAUGUUUCUGAGACGAGCCUUACUUGAAAUACAGACGAGAUCUAUGAGAGCAAAUCUGGUACUUACUGGUAUCAAAGACAAAGAGGGUGAAGAUCCUGGAAGUGUGAUGAAAUAAUUAUGUCUUGAAGAGCUACAGAUCCCAGGCGAUACUGUUAACAAAAUCAAACUCUAACAUGUACACCGUUUAGGACAGAGAGGACAGAGAUAUAAGCACCUAAUCAUUGCCAAAUUUGCAUUCUUCCAAAAUAAAAUAAAUGUUAAAAGCCUAGAUGGAAGACUCACUCACUGGCACAAAAAUAGGCAUGAAUGAUCAGUUCCCAAAGGAAAUUGCAGAACGGCGUAGUUUAUCUCGUCAUCGAUAAACUGUAUAUUGAUAACCAAUUGUUCCGAGUCACCAAGACUACUCCAUGGCUAUUCUAAAUAUUACAAAGUUCCCAUAAAGGAGUCCAAUAACGGAACAUCCAAUACUAUCCAUGGUAGGGAUUGUAACACAUUUUUUUUGGAAAACUAGUCUCUCAGGCUGCAAGAGGCCCUAUAGUGAGAUACCAUCGAUGACCCCCAUCCAUUUCCAGCAGCUAUCCUACCGGUCACACAAAGGUACAGCUAAGUUGUACAGAUCCAAAUCCAUUAAAUGGGGAGUAAAGUAUCCCCAGGGGAGUAUGCCACACAGUAGUCAUGCACCCAAGAUGACAUCUAUAAUGGGUAAAACAGUGGUUUUAUGUGGUAAAACAGUAGACUAAUUCAUAAAAAUAAAAAUAAUCUCUGAGGACUGUGUCCUGGUUUGCAAAAUGCUUCAGCAAUAUACUAGUAUACUAAAUGACCUCAAGCUACAGAAAGGAAUCUACUCAAGACAAAAUGCCAAAGGAUCCAGUAGUCCUUUCAGCCGCCAUCAGUUCUCUGAAUAAAUACAUCAGAAGUGGUUUCUGUAAAACUGAACAGUCCUUUAGUUCAUUUUAUUUUAUAUUGUGAGGUCAUUUGUGAUGUGAACUCAACACUGUUUUUCCAUUAACCUCUGUAUUAUUAAAAUAACCAAAUGACCAAAUGAAAUGGCAAGUUAUUGUACGUUAUUAAAUAGAUUGAUGAUGUCCGCUUUUAUGUCUUGACAAAUCUAAAAAGGGAAAAAUGUAAACAAAAAAUAAACAGUGCCUGGCUAUCUGACUACGUAUUUGUAAAACCUAUUGAAAAGUA